AUUUAUGUCCACUCUGCAGUUGCUUCAUGGAAAAAAUGUCUGCAUUCCGUUAAAUUACCUGAUUCUAUCUUGAGUAUGGUACAUAUCAGAGGAAGAGUGGUGAUUGCAUUGUCAAAUGGUAAUCUCGCUAUUUUUCAUCGAAAUCGAAGAGGUGGUUAUUGGGAAACGGGCGAGUAUCACUUAUUGCGAGUAUCUAGAUCUAAUCAUUCCGUUCGUUGUAUGACGAUUGUUGAUGAAACGCUAUGGUGCGGCUACCAAAAUCAAGUUCUCAUUUUCGAUCCAAGAAAUAUGCAGUUACUGACUGGAAUUACUGUCCAUCCAAGGAAAGAAAGUCAAGUUCGUCAAAUGUCUUGCUAUCGAGAUGGUGUCUGGCUUUCAAUUAGACUUGAUAGCAAAUUGCGGUUAUAUCAUUCGCGAACUCAUGAAUGCCUGCAGGAAAUUAAUAUUGAACCCUUUGUAACGCAAAUGCUUGGCUCCAGUAAUCGCAACUUCAAUAUAGUUCGGAUUACUUCAAUCCUUGCUACUAGUGAUAGGCUGUGGGUUGGUACUGGCAGUGGGGUAAUUUUAAUAGUCCCGCGAUCAACGCAUUAUAAUGAUAUCAAUACACCAGAUGACGAGAAAGGCGUUCCGAUUGGAUCUAGCACUCCAACUGCUGAAAAUAUUUUAUAUUGUUCCUUGGCUCAUGCCCAAUUAUCUUUUCAUGGACACCGUGACUCUGUCAAGUUUAUAUUGCCUUUAUCCACUUCUAUUUUGCAUACUACUAACGAUGACUCGACAAAAUCAGGAGCUAUUGCAAAGGCAAAAAGAAUUACCGAAGAAGAUACGAAGGCUUUAGUUGUUACAGGAGGUGAAGGCUAUAUAGAUUUUCGAUUAAGUGCAGCGGAAUUAUCAAAAUCCAAUGCCAAGAAUAGGACUCCUACAUUACUUAUUAGGAAGUCUGCCAGUGCUUCAAGUGAUCGUAAUCAUUUAUUGAUGUGGCAGAUUUAA